GUUUAACAGGUGGCUUGUAAUAUGUCAUUUGAAAAGUAGUAACAAGCUGGUCUUUAAUAUCGCUGUGAAAUGUACGUAACAAGGCUGUACGUGGACUUACAGAUACACUCUCAGAUUUGUCUUUUGGAGUCCCAAGGAGGCCAACUAGGUUUUUUCCAGACAAAGGAAAAUAGCCAAUGCCUCUUGGGCUCGAUUGCAAAUCACGCCAUGUGUGGCCCAGAGUAAUGGGCUCUUCGUUGGCAGGAAGAUCAUUUAUAUUGUAAAACCAUAGGAGACUGCAAAAAGUAACAUGGUGUCGGCUCCCUGGUGGACAGCGGACACGGAAAGCGAGUCCCCAGGAAGGCUCCCUGACUUUGAAAACAAAGAAAAACUUUGAGGGUACAAGGAACUGCUGAAAGACAUUGGGGGUAUCCACCACUUAGGACAAAGGGGGAACAGCACCUUCUGAGUUCAGGAAAAGUGGACCUCUUACGCCGGGAGGCAGGAGUCGUUGGAAAUGGAUCAUAGGUGUGAAACACGCUUAGACAAAGAUUGUAACUUGCUGAAAUUAAGCUUAAGUCAGUAGAAAGCAGGUUUGGGUUGGUUUUCCUUGUCCCCAUGCCUGUCUCUUCUGUUCUUCCUCAGGAUUCCUUCAAUCUCUGCUCCUUGUUAAUAAACUUAUUCUUGUUUUAUUACAAACCCAUCUCGGGGCUGAGUACUAAACUGAAGGGUAAGAUCCUCAGCCAAACUACCAGGCUGGUGUGUGCUCUGCCUCUUUGGAAGCAGUGAACUUGAGAACUUCUGGGAAGGUCCGGUGCUGAGCACUUGUCCUCCUCCCCGGGCGAUGGGUCCCCACUGACCUCCGCGCUGUAACCUGCCAGAUGUAGCUCAGCCGCCUGUUGCUAAUGUUUGGAUGCCAGAGGCCAGCGCUUUGACCAGUGCCGCCUGGUGGCUCUCCUCACUCCGCAAGGACAGGGCCAUGGGGCUCUCUGUCCCCCUGUGGCUUUGGCUGCUGCAAGCCGCCACGUGCCUCGCCAGCAGCCCAAACCCCAGCUACAGCACAGUGGCCAAGAAGGAGAUCAGCACGGAAGGGGACCUGGUCAUUGGGGGGCUGUUCCCGGUGCACGAGAAAGGUAGCUCCAAUGAGGAGUGCGGCAAGAUCAAUGAGCACCGAGGGAUCCAGCGCCUCGAGGCCAUGCUCUUCGCCUUGGACGAGAUCAACAAAGAUCAGCGCAUCCUGCCAGGGAUCACACUGGGGGCCCACAUCCUGGACACCUGCUCCAAGGACACCUACGCCCUGGAGCAGUCUCUGGAUUUUGUCCGCGCCUCCCUGACCCGAGUGGAUGGCUCCGAACACAUCUGCCCUGAUGGCUCCUACGCCAUCCACGAUGACGUUCCCAUGGCAAUUACCGGGGUCAUCGGGGGCUCAUACAGUGACGUCUCCAUCCAGGUGGCCAACCUGCUGAGACUCUUCCAGAUCCCGCAGAUCAGCUAUGCCUCUACCAGCGCUAAGCUCAGUGACAAGUCUCGCUACGACUACUUUGCUCGCACCGUCCCACCAGACUUCUACCAGGCCAAGGCCAUGGCCGAGAUCCUGCGCUUCUUUAACUGGACCUAUGUCUCCACAGUGGCCUCGGAGGGUGACUACGGUGAGACGGGUAUUGAGGCCUUUGAGAUGGAAGCCCGGGCCCGCAACAUCUGCAUCGCCACCUCUGAGAAGGUGGGGCGCUCCAUGAACAAAAAGACCUUCGAAGGAGUGAUCAAGGCCCUCCUGCAGAAGCCCAGUGCUAGGGUGGUGGUGCUGUUCACCCGCAGCGAAGAUGCCCGGGAGCUGCUGGCGGCUGCACAGAGAAUCAAUGUCUCCUUCACAUGGGUGGCCAGUGAUGGCUGGGGUGCCCUGGAGAGCGUGGUGGCAGGAAGCGAGUUGGUGGCGGAGGGGGCCAUCACCAUUGAACUGGCAGCCUACCCCAUCCAGGAGUUUGCCAUCUAUUUCCGGAACCUCAACCCCUACAACAACAGCCGGAACCCCUGGUUCCGGGAGUUCUGGGAGCACAAGUUCCAGUGCAGCUUCCAUACCCAGGACUGCAGCCGGCACUCGCUGAAGACAGGCAAGUUCGAGCAGGAGUCCAAGAUCAUGUUUGUGGUCAAUGCUGUUUAUGCCAUGGCCCACUCCCUCCAUAACAUGCACCAGGCGUUGUGCCCCAAUGCCACCAAGCUGUGUGACUCCAUGAAGCCGGUUAAUGGCAAGAGGUUCUACAAGGACUUCAUGCUCAAUGUCAAGUUUGAUGCUCCAUUCAGGCCAGCAGACACCAAAGGCAUCGUUCGAUUUGACCGCUAUGGUGAUGGAAUCGGUCGUUACAAUAUCUUCAACUACCAUAGAGCGGAUGGGAGAUAUAGAUACCAAAAGGUGGGCUACUGGGCAGAAGGGCUUACCCUGAACACCACCCUCAUCCCCUGGGCGAAGACCUCUGUUCCCGUGUCCCAGUGCAGCGACCCCUGCAAGAAGAAUGAAAUGAAGAGCAUGCAGCCAGGGGACAUGUGUUGCUGGAUAUGCAUCCCAUGCCAGCCUUACGAAUACCUGCUGGAUGAAUUCACCUGCAUGGACUGUGGUCUAGGAUACUGGCCCAAUGAUACCCUGAAUGGCUGCUAUGAGCUACCACAAGAGUACAUCCGCUGGAAAGACGUCUGGGCCAUUGGGCCAGUUACGAUCUCUUGCUUGGGCUUCCUCUCCACCCUCUUUGUCUUUGGGGUCUUCAUUAAGAACAAUGACACUCCCAUUGUGAAGGCCUCAGGCCGCGAACUCUGCUACAUCCUCCUUACUGGGGUCCUGAUGUGCUACAGCAUGACUUUCAUCUUCAUUGCAAAGCCCUCCACCGAGGUCUGCACCCUGCGGCGCUUGGGGCUGGGAACCUCCUUUGCAGUCUGCUACUCUGCCCUCUUGACCAAGACCAACCGGAUCGCUCGGAUCUUCAGCGGGGUGAAGGAAGGGGUCCAGCGCCCACGCUUCAUAAGCCCCACCUCACAGGUGGUCAUCUGCAUGGCCCUCAUCUCCUGCCAGAUGAUCAUCGUCAUCAUCUGGCUCAUGGUGGAGACCCCCGGCACGGGGAAGGAGACGGAGCCUGACAAAAGGUACAUUGUCACCCUCAAGUGCAACAACCGUGACUCCAGCAUGCUCAUUUCACUGACCUACAAUGUGCUCUUGAUCAUCUUGUGUACAGUCUAUGCCUUCAAGACCAGGAAAUGCCCUGAAAACUUCAACGAGGCCAAGUUCAUUGGAUUCACCAUGUACACCACGUGCAUCAUCUGGCUGGCCUUCCUGCCCAUCUUCUAUGUGACCUCCACCGACUACCGCGUGCAGACCACCACCAUGUGCAUCUCCGUCAGCCUUAGCGGCACCGUGGUCCUCGGCUGCCUGUUCACCCCCAAACUCCACAUCAUCCUCUUCCAGCCCCAGAAAAACGUCGCCAGCCACCGCGUGGCCACCAACCGGUUCAGCGUGACUGCAGCAGGCUCCAGCCACUCGCACGGGUCAGCCUCUCAGUCCGUCCCCACAGUGUGUAACGGCCGCGAAGUUGUGGACUCCACGACCUCAUCCUUAUGAAAUGCCCUGUGGUUCCCAUGGGCAAGGGCAUGGUCCCCAGUGCAGACCCUGCACGAAGGCGCAGGCCUUUUUCGUUCCCAUUGGGCCUUUUGUUUCUCAAAGCUGUGCUCCCAGCCUGCUCGCUGAUGCCGUCUCACUCGCUGGGCCGGCGUUCCCCAAGGAGAGGAGCCGUCGUGUGAGAACUGGGUGCCACCUUCCGCUAGCCUGCUCCCCCAGCGCCGGCUCAGAGAGACACAAACCUGCUGGGGCGGUCGUGAUUGUACUGAAUGGACCUGCUGGGGCGUGGAAGAACCAUGCCCUCUCCCUGGGGAGCCAGCUCUGAGCCAAACGGAUCUCGUGGCAGAUCCACCCUGUGUUACCUCUUGCUGGCCAGAUUACCAGAGAGAGCAAAACCUGAGCAUCUGUACCUCCCCACUUCUCUCUGCACUGGAAUAGGGUCAGGGGAAAGUCCACAGAUCCCCACUGGCUGCUCCAAUCUCCCCCUUCCCUUCCCUCCCCAAAGGAAGCAGGACCCCCCCCCCCCCCCC